AUGUCCGUUCCUGCAUCGACAAUUGAGGAACCUCUUUCUUUACUGGCUCAGAAAUGGCUUGACUGGGACCGAAAUCCCGAGACGCGGGCUGAAAUUGAGCAGCUGCAGAAGACCGGAGCGACUGCAGAGCUUGAGCUGCGUCUUCGGCAUCGCAUUCAAUUCGGGACUGCCGGUCUUCGUGGUCGGAUGGCGGCAGGGUUCUCCUGCAUGAACUCCCUGACCGUCAUUCAAGCAUCGCAAGGGUUGGCCAAAUACAUUAGAGACAAACACUCUGACAUUGCAUCGAACGGCGUGGUCAUUGGCCAUGACGCUCGGCAUAACUCUGCCAAAUUUGCUGCCCUGGCAGCGAAUGCCUUCAUUGCGAUGAAAAUUCCAGUCUGGUAUUAUUCAGAGUCCUCUUUGACACCAUCAGUCCCAUUUGGUGUGACGCAUUUGCGAGCUGCAGCUGGCGUCAUGAUCACCGCAAGCCAUUGGGCUAGGUAUUUCAAGAACGGCGCUCAGAUCAAUACGCCCAUGGAUAUUGAGAUAGCGCAAUCGAUUGACAGCAACCUAGAACCGUGGCCGAAUGCCUGGAACAGCCUAGAAACCACGGAGUAUCUCCAUGCCGAAGCUCUUCAGACGAUUCUGCCUCGAUAUACCGAGGCGGUUUGGAACUAUGCCAAAUCCACCGUCCCUAGCUGGUCAAGCCCGCGACCAUUCAUGUAUACUCCCUUGCAUGGCGUUGGGGGUCUGAUCUUUCCUGAAUUAUGCCGCUCGGUUGGAAUAACCGACUUCGCCACUGUAACAGAGCAAGUGGAACCGAACCCUGAUUUCCCGACGGUGUCAUUCCCGAACCCGGAGGAGAAUGGUUCUCUGGACUUGGCCAUGCAAACAGCUGAUAAAGAGGGCAAAACCCUCAUUAUUGCUAAUGACCCUGAUGCAGAUCGGUUCGCUGCUGCUGAGAAAGUUGACGGUUCUUGGUUCACCUUCACGGGGAACCACCUUGGCGUUCUACUAGCAUCACAUCUGUUUGAUUCGCUUGAAUGUCGAAAUGACAAAUCCCGUAUAGCUGUGUUGAACUCCGCAGUCUCUACAGGCAUGCUCGAAAAGAUGGCAAGGUCUAAGGGCUUCCACUUUGAGGAAACAUUGACUGGAUUUAAGUGGAUGGGAAAUAUUGCCCGGAGACUGGAAGAGUCAGGAUACCAUGUACCUUUUGCUUUCGAGGAAGCCUUGGGGUAUAUGUUCCCAGACGUAUGCCACGACAAGGACGGCGUGACCGCUGCUAUGGUUUUUCUAGCAGCGGAAGCUCGAUGGAGGUCUCAGGGUCUCACCCCUUAUUCGAAACUACAGCAGCUGUUUAAGGAUUUUGGGUACUUUGAAACACUCAAUAACUACUUCCGAUCGCCUAGUCCGGAAGUCACAAAAAGUCUUUUUGAAGCCAUCAGGAGCGGGCCUUACCGGACACAGAAAUCACUUGGUACAUUCAAAAUCUUGAGGUGGAGAGACAUGACAGAGGGCUAUGAUUCAGGCACGGAAGAUCACAAGCCAGCACUGCCAAUUGAUAAAAGUAGUCAGAUGUUGACCCUAUGGCUGGACCGAGAUGUUCGGUUCACCAUCCGUGGCUCUGGCACAGAACCAAAAGUCAAGGUCUACAUCGAAAGCUGCGGUGCUUCUCAUGCGCAGGCAGUGGAUGCUGUCUGUGACACCUUUCGAACAGUUUUGAAAGAGUGGAUCCAACCCUCUGCUCCUUCAAUGAGCUACAGCAAAAAUCUCCCGACGUCGUCUGGUCAUAUUCUCAACAUUGAUUGA